AUGGCGACUAACAACCUGACUAAAGCCCAACAGAAAAUUAAGAGUUGGUACGACCGUCGGGCUGAGCCAAGGGUGUUCAGUCCUGGUGAUCAGGCAGAGUUGAAUGACAUACAGCAAGAUCUGCCAGAACAAGAGAAAAACUUUUUUGUUGGUGUACCUCAUUCAACCCCCCAGAAGCACAGAGCUGAAGAGCCUACUGCUACAUUCAAAGUGCCCUUGUCUGUACAGUUAACCAGUCCUUUACGUUCAAGCAAACCAGCUGUUGCCCUGGCUCCCACAUGGACAAUGCAAUCGGACACUGCAUUGACAUCCACAAUGAUGGUCAUGUGUAGACCAAGAAAAAGUCUUGGAUUUGAGGAAACACACCACAUUGAAGCUACUGUGAUGGAUAUGAGUGCAACAUCAGUGUUUGAUGUCAGCAUGACCUCAGAGCCUGCUGUCGAUACCGCAGACACCAGCUUUGUGCCAAAUUCAAGCCCCUCCACCACCACCACGGGUAGCUUUUCAAGCAUCUCUGGACAAGCCAGAGGUUGGAAGGAGAGGAAGUGGAUUGUAAAUGAGUCUAGACUCCUGGAACUCUUUCAGAAAUGUACAACCUGUGGUGCUGCGAUGUGUGACCUGAACCAAACAGUAACACAGUUCGGCAGUAGAAUCAAUAUAAAUUGGCAAUGCAGCAAUGGCCAUAUGGGACAAUGGGAGUCAUGUCCCAAUAUAUGUGGAAUGGCGGAAAAUAACCUUUUCGCAGCAGCUGCCACUCUCUUUACCGGCUCAACAUACACUGACAUAGCUGACUGGGCUGGACUUUUCAACCUGCAGUUGCCCCUGGAGUCAACUUUUUACAACAUACAGGCAAGCUACCUGCUCCCAGUGAUUGAGAAAUCAUACACACAACAGGAGAACAUAAUCAAAGCAAGAUUAAUUUGCCAAAGCGAAGACGGUGAAGGAGUGCAGCUAAGUGGAGACGGCAGAAGUGACAGCCCUGGACACUCCAGCAAAUACAACACAUAUUCUUUUAUCGAUGACUCCACUAACCAGAUCGUGGGGUUUGAGAUGAUGCAGGUAAAUUGUCAUUUAUUUCCACAAAUCUAUGGUUUCCCAGGCCUCCAGUUCGGUCGCAAUGGAACCACUGGCCUUCAAGAAAGGCCUGGAGAAGAUCCUGGAUGA